AUGUCUUCAGUCUCUCCCGAAAAUGGAGAUACCGGAUUGGAUCACCUGGAGACCCUGUUACCAACCUACUGGAGCACGUCCUUUUCCAAGAUCUGCCUUGGAAUGAAGGUCGAUAGAGUAACCAGGUUCUUGCAACUGCAUCAGAAAGCAGACUCGUUGUAUGCCCUCAUUGGUGACGGUCAAUACCGUGCUACCUCGCUGGGUCGUGAUGCAUGGAAGAAGCUGAUUGGUCCCAAUGCCUCCCUCCAGCGCAACUGUAAUCAAGAAGGCUUCAAUUCGCGGGUGAGUAGUAGCGUUCAUUCUCGGGUUCGAGUUGGAAUCAUCUCUAAUCAAGAAGGAGAUUGUCAUUCCCCUGAUUCCUUUAUCGGAUUUGGUGGAGGAGGGUCAGGAUUCAAAAACGCGUGUGGAAACGGAGCCUUGUAUUCACCGGACAACGGAGACAAAAAUAUCAAGGCAUUUGGAUACAUUUUCGUUCAGUAA